AUGCAGCGCCUGGGGAUUGUGUCUUUGAAUUGCGUGAUUUUCCUCACGCUUUUCAUCGGACGCGCAAACGGAGGGCUGCCGUUGGUGGUAACUACAUGGGGUUUUACAAACGCCACUCUAAGAGCGUACCAGUCGCUGACAACGGGAGAAUUCGACCCGAUCGAGGCCCUGGUGGAAGGUUGCAGCGUGUGUGAGCGAGAACAGUGUGACGGAACGGUUGGGUUUGGUGGAAGUCCUGACGAGAAUGGUGAGACGACGCUGGAUGCAUUGUUGAUGGACGGAACGACGAUGGAUAUCGGCGCGGUGGCGGCUUUGCGUGAUGUGAAACACGCCGCCGAGGUGGCCAAGCAUGUCCUUCGGAACACCAAGCACACGCUGCUCGUUGGAAGUCAGGCAACUGAGUUCGCGCUCAUGAUGGGUUUUCAGAGAGAAUCCUUGCAGACGGAAGCCUCCCGGAGCAUGUGGACGCAGUGGCAACACAACCAUUGUCAACCGAACUUUUGGAAGAAUGUCAUUCCUUCACCAUCGAUGUCCUGUGGUCCUUACGAACCGGUUUCCGCCAACGACGUGCGCUCUGCUUGCGAUACCUCUUCGGAAGAUUCAUCGGAUCGUUCAAACUUUGCCUUCGGUCGGUACAAUCACGACACCAUCAGUAUGAUCGUGAUCAACAGCGACGGACACGUGGUAGCUGGUACGUCAACGAACGGGGCGCGCAACAAAAUUCCUGGCCGUGUUGGUGACUCUCCGAUACCAGGAGCUGGGGCUUACGCCGACUCAGAAGUUGGUGCAGCAGUGGCCACCGGUGACGGGGACAUCAUGAUGCGCUUUCUACCCUCGCUGCUGGCCGUUGAAAGUAUGCGCGCAGGUUUGACGCCGACUGUGGCGGGCCAGCGCGCGAUCGACAGGAUCGCCAAGUAUUAUCCUUCAUUUUCCGGGGGCAUCGUGGUGGCUUCGAAAGAUGGCCAGUAUGGAGCUGCUUGCCAUGGGAUGGAGGAGUUUCCGUUCUCGGUUGUCGACGGUACUAAAACAAACGGUGAAGUGCUUGUGGAAAAAGUAAAAUGCUGAAAUAGGAAGAAAAAUCGUUGAUCAACGGAAAAUAUCGAUGGCGAACGACCGACACGAAACACACACUCAAUCCCGCUUUAAACCAUUUUCAUAAUUUGGCUCAAUCUUGUAGCAUGCCGUUUA